GAAUAGAAAAAAAACAUGGCCGCCUCCAUGAGAAAUCCUGUAGUCGUUAUUCUUGGAGCCACUGGAACUGGAAAAACGAAACUGUCACUAGAAUUGGCAAAACUUUUUAACGGAGAAAUAAUUAGUGCUGAUGCUAUGCAGGUGGGGACAUUUGAUCAGAGUCAGACAUGUCCUGGAGUUUUAGUUUGCAGUAGGAGGCAGAUUUUAAUGUUAUACAAGGGCCUGGACAUUAUCACAAACAAGGCAACACAAGAGGAACGAGCUACAUGCAGGCAUCAUAUGAUAGAUUUCCUGUCUCCACUGAAGGAGGACAACACAGUCGUACAUUAUAGAGAUCAAGCUGUACCCAUUAUAGAUUCAUUGUUGCAGCAGAAGAAGUCUCCAGUCAUAGUAGGGGGAACAAACUACUACAUUGAGGCAUUGCUAUGGAAACAUCUUGUAAAUAAAGAGGAUGUCAAGAGAGCUGCUGCACAGACCAGAAGUACAGCGUCAAAAUUUCCAAAAUUACAAGGGGUAAAGAAAUUUAGUGGUGAAUUGGGACAAUCAGAUGUUGCAUUGAAUGCUUUGCAAGAUGAGUCAAAUUGUGAUAAUAAUACAAACACACCUGCAUCAUCAUCAUUUUCAUCAGAUGAUAAAAUUGAUGGAAAUGAUGAUUCUGAUAAUGAUGAGGAUGAUUUUGUAACAACUAGUACAAAAGAUGCAUUCAAGGACGUGAGCUCGCUAGAACUUCAUCAGAGACUUCGAGAGAUUGACCCAGAUACUGCACUCAAGAUGCAUCCAAAUGAUAGACGGAAAAUUAUCAGAGCAAUAUUGGUAUAUAAGCAGCAUGGCAUACCAAUGUCAGAAGUGUAUAAAGCACAGCGGCAUGAGAUUUCGGGCACGGCGAUGAGCGGACCUUUAAGAUACAGGGACUGUUGUAUCUUCUGGCUACAGUGUGACCAAGAUGUUUUAGACAAACGUUUGGAUGAUCGUGUAGACAAGAUGUUAGAGUUAGGACUGUUAGAUGAACUCUCAAAGUUUCAUAAACAGUGCAAUGAGUACAGGAUACAACAGGGAAGUGAAGCUGAUUACACUACAGGUAUAUUCCAGAGUAUAGGUUUUAAGGAGUUUCAUGAUUACUUGAUGCUUGAUGAGGAAAAACGAGAGACAGAGGAAGGCAAGAAGGCUCUUCAGAAAGGUAUUGAAGAUUUGAAAAUAGCUACAAGAAGGUAUGCACGUUACCAGAAUAGAUGGGUGAGAAAACGACUUCUUAAAAGACCAUGUAGAGAGGAAGUGCCUCCUGUGUAUGGUUUAGACUGUACCGAUGUAUCGUUGUGGGAUGACAAUGUGUGUAAACCAGCAACUAUAAUACUCACUGCACUCAGGAAGGAAGAAACAAGUCCUAUCCCGGCUAUACCAUAUGAAGAUGAGCAUGUACAACAGUAUGAGUAUAAUGAGUGUAAAUAUUGCAAUGUGACGGCUGUUAUCCAGGACAUUUGGCAAAAGCACAUAGGUUCCAGAAAACAUAAAAACAAUGUGCAGAGAUAUAAAAGACAGAUGGCGCAGUUGUCACAGACAUUGGACACAUACGUUCAGCAGAAAAAACAGGAAGAGGAGGAACCAAAACCAUGACGAAAGAUGAGUGUACUUCAAGAACAUAUAUCCCCAAUACUUGAAUGCUUGAAUAUUGUGAAUACAAAGAGUUCUAUAUAAUCGUCAAGAACAAAAUUACCACAGUCAGAUGGAUGUUGUUUUUUUUGUUCCUUUGACUAAAGUUAUUUUCAAAGUUCCUUUUAUCAUCUAAUCCAGUAUUAUGGAGAUUUGAUGUUUUAGACAUGUCAUGUCUGCGUCUACCAAACAGCAGACGACAGGACAUACAGGAGAGUGCCACCUGGAAAUGUCUUACAUGUAUCUGUCAGAUCUACCAAAGAUCUAUGUAAUAAAACAGGUCAGAAACUGUCCCUAGGACAUGAAUCAAAAUCUAAUGACAGCCAAAUGAGAUCUUGUUUAUCAAUGUAGAAAAUCUUCACUUUUUACUUAAUAAGCAUCUAGGCAUUGGAAUCAUUGAAGAUAAAUGCUUUAACAUGAAAAUGGCCAGUUUCUGUUAUGUUGUUUAUUUGUUUGGAUCAACAUGUGCAACAUGUAUUUGAAAGAAUGCUCUUGUUAGCUGUUACAUACUGUUCUAAUAUGCUUGUCUCUAUUAAAACAUGCUUAUGAUAGAAUGACGUCACGUUAAUGUGCGGUGACGUCAAAGUUUUUGUUGCGGCCAAGAAACAGCGCUUCUAUAUUUUAUCUACUGUUUUAGAUUAAGGGCGUAUUAGAAUUGAAAUAAUUUAUAGCAAAAAUGUAUUUUACCACUAUUUAUACACUCAGGCAGUAAUAUGUCGUACAAAUAAUUUCACUCGAGCUGCGCCCUCGUGAAAUUAUUAUGCCCAACGCAUAACCGCCCAUCGUGCAUAAAUAGUGUUAAAACACUCUUUUGCUAUAAAUUAUUUCUUAAUUACAACUUGUGUAAGAAAGUGAAACAGACUAUAAUGUUAACUGAUUUAGUGUACAUGUACAUUGAAACAGACUCUAGAUGAGGUUUUUAUUAGUCCCCUACUGGUUGAAAACCAGUUUUGGGGACUAUAGGAAUGCUCUUUUCCGUCAUUCCGUCUUUCCGUCAUUCCGUCCGUCCGCAAUUUCGUGUCCGGUCCAUAACUCUGUCAUCCAUGAAGGGAUUUUAAUAUUACUUGGCACAAAUGUUCCCAAUGAUGAGACGACGUGUCAUGCGCAAAACCCGGACCCCUAGCUCAAAGGUCAAGGUCACAAUAGGAGGUCAAAGGUCAACAGGGCUUUUUUCCUGUCCGGUCCACAACUCUCCCAUCCUUGAAGGGAUUUUAGUAUUACUUGGCACAAAUGUUCCCCAUGAUGAGAUGAUGUGUCAUGCGCAAAUCCUGGACCCCUAGCUCAAAGGUCAAGGUCACAAUUGGAGGUCAAAGGUCAACAGGGCUUUUUUCCUGUCCGGUCCAUAACUCUCCCAUCCAUGAAGAGAUUUUAAUAUUACUUGGCACAAAUGUUCCCCAUGAGGAAACGACGUGUCAUGCGCAAAACCUGGACCCCUAGCUUAAAGGUCAAGGUCACAAUUGGAGGUCAAAGGUCAACAAGGCUUUUUUCCUGUCCGGUCCAUAACUCUCCCAUCUAUGAAGGGAUUUUAAUAUUACUUGGCACAAAUGUACCUCAUAAUAAGACGAUGUGUCAUGCACAACUUUCAGACCCCUAGCUCAAAGGUCAAAGUCACACUUAGCAGUCAAAUGUUAACAUAGCAUGAACAGGGUCUGUUUCGUGUCCGGUCCAUAACUCUGACAUUCAUUAAGGGAUUUUAAUAUCACUUAACACAAGUGUUCCCCAUGAUGAGACGACGUGUCAUGCGCGAAUCCCGGACUCCUAGCUCAAAGGUCAAGGUCACAAUUGGGGGUCAAAGGUCAACAGAGUUUUUUUACUGUCCCGUCCAUAACUCUGCCAUCCAUGAAGGGAUUUUAAUAUUACUUGGCACAAAUGUUUCCCAUGAUGAGACGACGUGUCAUGCGCAAACCCAGUACCCUAGCUUAAAGGUCAAGGUCACACUGAGAUCAAAGGUCAAGAGGAUUUUUUUCCUGUCCGGUCUAUAACUUUGUCAUGCAAAGCAGGAUUUAGAUAUCAGUUGGCACAAAUAUUCCCCUGGAUGAGACAACAUGUCAUGCGCAAGAACCAGGUCCCUAGCUCUAAGGUCAAGGUCAUAUUUAGAGGUCAAAGGUAAAAUUCAAGAAUGACUUUGUACGGAACAUUUCUUCUUCAUGCAUGGAGGGAUUUUGAUGUAACUUGGACCAAAUGUUCACCACCAUGAGGCACCCUUGUUUUUAGAAUAACGUCCCUUUGUUAUUACUAUAAAUAGAUUUUAUUGUAACAUUUUUAUUACUGGCGGUAGUGAAAAAUCGAGACCACUUUUCUGUGGUACAGCAUGCAUGUUACAUCCAAUUUUUAGGUGUAUUUUGACCUAUCUCUACCUGGUAAAGAGUUUCUUGUGGACUUAUAUUAUUAUUAUUAUUUUUUUUUUUUUUUUUUAAAGAUUAAUUUCCCUUUGUUGUUACUAUAAAUAACUUGCAUGAUAACAUUUUUAUAAUCAGCCCAAAAAAUUAAUAUGAAAACAACUGUGGGUUUUUAUAUAUGCACAUUUUAAUCCAAGUGUGUUGUUAUAAUGUUAUAACAUAUUGUAUAUGUAGUACAAUAUUGUUUAUACAUCAUUGACAGAUAUCAGUUCAUUAUGUUAUACUGCAGUAGAAAAAGUUAGGUGCCUUCCAGUAGGGGACUUUGUAUUGCAUGGCAAUACUUCAUUCACUUGUUAUAACCAAAACAAAAAGAAGACUUCAGUUUUAACAUUUUAUUUUUAAAAAUAACUGUGUCACUCAAAGCAAUAAACAAAAACCUAAUUUCCGACAACAUUUUCAAGCUGUAUGUUUUACAUACUAUAAGCUGUACACUGUGAAACGUAUAAUUAAAAUGGUAAUGAAAAUGCUAAAUUACAAUAAAGUUCUCUGGAUUAUUUUUAUAUCUGGUUUUCUAUGUGAUAGAAAAGGUCCCAAAUGCAUUAUAAGUGCACAAAAUUGUAACAUCAUAGAUGUUUUGAAAUAAGAUAUAAAAGAGAGAAAAUCUUAACAUUUAAAUCAGUAUGCAACCACACUAAUACACGAUUGUAUCAUAUGAUUUUAAUUAAAUAAAGGAUAUUAUCUGCCGAGCAUUUUAUCAGUGUAACAAAUUCAAUGGAGAAAGAUACAAAUCUUUUUCUCAGAUGUUAGCUUUUUUUGCUGAAACAUCGAAUUUGUUUCUUUCUUUAGGCCUAUCCAUUAUAGAUGCCAAUUCGACCAACGUCUUUUAUAGUUGAAACAACGUCAACAUCGUUCUGUAUUACACUAGUGUAAUAUCAAAUUGAUGUGACGGCUUUAUUUCUUUCUCAAACGUGUGAUAAGUGCACUUAUUAAAUGGCAGUGAUGUACCUGUAGUGGUUAUUGGCACAAUUAUUAAACACAUAUUGGCAUGAGGGAGACGUUUCAAACAGGAUUAAAUCUACAUAAUUUGUUUAAGGUAACAAAAUAAUGCAAUUUAUAGUCUUAAGACAAUUACAUUCAAUAUAAAUAUGAUAACAAUCUACACAUUUGAACAAAUUUCCACAAAACAAUAAACUUUGUGAGUUAACAAUGCAAGAAAAUAUACAUCUGUAGGUGCGUUAAUGAAUCACAUAAUAUAUAACAAGAACUUAACGGGCAAGAUAUCUUUAAUAACACAUUAAACAUGGAUUAUCAGAGAAAGGUUUAUAACAGAGACAACUUGUCCACACUUUGAACCGUAUGCCUACAUGAAUGACUCACAAGGUAUACCGACGCUAAAUAGCCAUAUGGUGCAGAAAAGAUGAUCAUACAAUGGUAGAUUCAGAUAGUUACCAGUUUUUUCUGCUUAGAGAAUUUUUCGUUCAUUUCACAGCAAUAUCUUUCUCAAGUCAUAUGACAGUUUUUGGCACAUUUUCAUGAACUAAUUGCACUAUAAACUUAGGUAAUA